UAGAAGGCAUUGAAUCGGUCCGAAGAAAAAAACGCUGGAAAAAGAUCCUCCAAGUGCCCAACAUCACACAACAACUAACCGAUAUGAGGAACUGUCUAAACGAUGCUAUUCAUCGAUUCGAGCUAGAAUCAUUGACUUUAAUCAUGCUUCGUACCGAGCAUGCAUCGGUUCAAUGUAUGUGUCUACAUACAUACUUAUGAAUUGCCUAAUCACUCAUGCUCCUAGCCGAGAUAUCAAAACUCAAGCAAGCCCCGGCCGAGCACCUUUAUGUGAAAAGCAAAUCAGAGUGCCUACCAGGCACGCGGGAUAGGAUUCAAGAAUCCCUGCUCAAACACCUGAAGGAAGCUGGGAAUCGAUUCAUUUGGUUACGGGGAUCUCCUGGGACGGGGAAGACUGCGAUAUCUAUGAGUGUUGCAUCCACUCUCAAGGAGCAGGGUAUGCUGGCCGCGUCAUUCUUCUGGGAUAAGAACCAGGCAGGAACAGGCUUGGAUUCCAUCGAACUGUUCCCUCUACCCUUGCUUGCCAACUCGCAUCCUUCGAUGAGGACUUCAAAUUGUCGCUUGUCAGACGCCUUCGGCAACCGGAUUCGGUCUUUGUUCAGGAUCUCCCUCUGGAAAAACAAAUCAACACUCUGGUGAUUGAGCUGAUACGUGACCUGAAGAAUAUGUGGUCUUCGGGAAAGGAUCGCAUCGUCAUCGUCCUGGAUGGCCUUGAUGAGUGCAGGGAUCAGGAGAGACUCGGGUUGCUGAUGGAACUUGUGCUUGCCUUUCAGGAGCUGCCACCUAUAUUUUCUGUGC